GCUAGGGGCGGGCGCGCGCGGUGCAGGUCGGGGCGGGUGGGGCCGAUGGCGGCCAUCGGGGUUCAUCUGGGAGCCACCUGUGCCUGCGCCGCCGUCUACAAGGAUGGCCGCGCAGACGUGGUCGCCAACGACGCCGGGGACCGGGUCACCCCCGCGGUUGUGGCGUUCUCGGAGAGCGAAGAGGUGGUUGGCUUAGCCGCAAAGCAGAGUAGGAUCAGAAAUAUUUCGAACACCGUAGUGAAAGUAAAGCAGAUCCUCGGGCGAAGCGCUGGUGACCCUCAGGCAGAGAAAUAUAUUGCAGAAAGCAAGUGCUCUAUAAUUGAGAAGAAUGGAAAACUUCAAUAUGAAAUAGAUAAUAAACUUAUUAACCCAGAAGAUGUGGCAAAACUGAUUUUCAGUAAAAUGAAAGAGACUGCUCAGUCUGCAUUGGGUUCAGAUGUAAACGAUGUUGUUGUCACUGUGCCAUUUGAUUUUGGAGAGAAUCAGAAAAAUGCCCUUGGGGAAGCAGCUGCAGCUGCUGGGUUUAAUGUUAUGAGAUUAAUCCAUGAACCAUCUGCAGCUCUCCUUGCUUAUGGAAUUGGCCAGGACUCACCCACUGGGAAAAGCAAUGUGUUGGUUUAUAAACUUGGUGGGACAUCGCUUUCUAUCACAGUCAUAGAAGUAAACAGUGGGAUAUAUCGUGUGCUUGCUACAAACACGGAUGACAGCAUUGGUGGAGUUUGCUUCACAGAAGCUCUGGCACAACACUUAGCUUCUGAAUUUCAGAGGUCUUGUAAACAUGAUAUUAGAGGAAACCCCAGAGCCAUGAUGAAGUUAAUGAACAGUGCUGAUAUUGCUAAACACUCUCUAUCGACCCUGGGAAGUGCAAACUGUUUUGUAGAUUCGUUGUAUGAUGGAUUGGAUUUUGAUUGUAACGUGUCCAGGGCCAGGUUUGAACUUAUCUGUUCUUCACUUUUUAGUAAAUGUGUAGAAGCCAUUAAAAACCUUUUGCAGCAAGUUGGAUUUACAGCAGAUGAUAUUAAUAAGGUAGUUCUGUGUGGUGGGUCUGCUCGAAUCCCAAAGCUACAGCAGCUGAUCAAAGACAUUUUCCCAACUGUGGAGUUACUGAAUUCAAUUCCUCCAGAUGAAGUUAUUCCCAUCGGUGCAGCCAUAGAGGCAGGAAUUCUGCUAGGAAAAGAGAAUACCUUGUUAGAAGAAGAAGCACUUAUUGAGUGUUCUGCCAAAGAUAUUCUUCUAAAGGGAGUAGACGAGUCAGGGGCUGACAAAUUCACAGUGCUAUUUCCAUCAGGGACACCACUGCCAGCUCGAAGGCAGCACACCCUGCAUGCCCCUGGAAACAUUUCUUCUGUGUGCCUUGAACUGUACGAGUCGUUGGGGAAAGGUCCCAUGAACGAAGAAGAUAAAUUUGCACAGAUUGUACUUCAGGAUUUAGAUAAAAAGGAGGAUGGCCUACAUGAUAUACUAACUGUUCUCACUAUGAAAAGGGAUGGGUCCUUGCACGUUACCUGCACGGAUCAAGAUACCGGGAAGUGUGAAAUCAUCACUGUUGAAGUGGCAUCGUAGCCUGUUGUGAAAGGCAACAUUUUUCUAAGUUGAUUUUUGUCUCUUACUUCCUUCUCUGCCAAAGCAAUGACUCUCUGGGAUGUCUUUGAUUCUUAGAGGACUGUAAUAAACUCAACACAUUAAUUAGCCACCAAGUCUGUUUGGAGUGGAAGGCAUGGUGCAAUAUGUUAAUCAAGACAUGCAGACAGCAGAUCAUUGAAUUAUCAGCACUCGAUUUAAAAAAUGCAAAGCACAAAUGCUUGUGCCUGUGGUUCAGCUAUUACAUACACAGUCUGAAGAUUUCUCCUUUCAGGUACUUUUCAGGUCCUGUACCCUAUUGGUGAAAAUCCACUCUCUGAUAACUGCACCAGAUUGUAACUGAAAUUCUGUGAGGUCUUGAUGUUGCCCAAAACCAUGAAGGUGGUGUCUGUUCAUGCUGGCCUGUUGAGCUGUUGGGGUUUUAUGUUGUUUUUCUUUUCUGGAGUAACUGUAAAUUGGUUUUGUGGUAUUACCUGAAAAAUAUGUGUAAGAGUUAAAUGUGCUUAUUUAUGUGUUAUUGAAAUACAUUUUUUUAUGCA